UUCACAGGCAACCACACAUACGCCAACAUUAAAUUCAAGAUGGAUUUCAAAGGAUUGGAAGAUUUUACAAACAGUUGGUGGCCCAUAUCGAUAUCAUUCUUCAUCAGCAUCAUCGUAGCAAUGAGAAUGUACGCUGGUGGAACAAAAUGUCCAAAUGAAACACGCCUCGACGGUAAACUAGCAAUAAUCACCGGCGCAUCAUCCGGAAUCGGUUUAAACACAGCCAAAGAACUAGCCAGACGUGGUGCACAUGUAAUAAUCGCCUGUAGAGACGAGAAAAAAGGCUGUGAAGCCAUCAAAAACAUAAAAUUCGAUGUAAUAACCGCUAAAGUUGACGUGAAACACCUAGAUGUCGCUAGUUUAGCAUCAAUCAAAAAAUUCAGUAAAAAUAUUUUAACAGAAUGAAAAGUAGACAUUCUCAUCAACAACGCAGGCAUAAUUUUCCACCAGCAUCAAAUCACUGAAGAAAACCUGGAGAGAACAUUCGUUACAAACUAUUUGGGACCAUUUCUACUCUCACAUUUACUCCUGCCAGGAUUAAACAAGUCACAAAAUGGCAGAAUCAUCAAUUUGUGCGCAACCGCACACAAACUAGCAACAUUAUCCUUGGAUAAUCUCAAUUUCUCUGAAGAAUUCAUCUAUAGAACUGCUUUCGGACAAACCAAACUAGCUCUGAUGUUAUUCACGACGUAUUUCAGCAAGUUGCUGAAGAAUGCCGGGAAGAAUAUAACCGUAAACGCGGUGAAUCCCGGUUUGGUACGUGGGACAAACCAUUUAAAAAUGUCGCCGCUAGGGGAUUCAUGGAUGGUGCGCGUGUCGACGUUGCCAUGGACAUGGCUGUUCCUAAAAUCACCGAAACAAGGCUCCCAGAGCGUUGUAUACGUUGCAACUGAUCGAAAAUUUAUAAAAAUCACCGGGGAAUAUAUUAGUGAUUGUGAACCGGAUAAACCUAACGAAUUGACUAAAGAUAAUGAAUUUUUGGAGGAAUUAUACAUUGAAUCGUGUAAAUUAGCAGGUAUAUCACCGCUGAAUAAGUGAAUAUCAUCUGCGUUUUGUAAUUGUAAUAAAUAAAGACGUUUUAAUUCAG